AAAUUUGCUGCUCGCAAAAGUAUUAAAUGCGGAGAUGCAGAAUCUCAGAAGCAAAAUUUAAACUGAUGUGGUAUGACAUGAGUAUAUAUUUAUUUCACGGGUGAUUUUUUUUUUCAUACAAUUUGAUUUGAAUUGGCCUCGGAACAUUGUUUUCAAUAAACAAAAUGGGUGAUAAAGUUUUGAAAGAAUUCAUGUUAGUUUUAACAUUAUUUUAUAUCUUUCAAAUAUCAUAUGAACUUGAAUUGAUGGUUAAUGGCACAUUGCUUCCCUGUGUAAAGAGAGAUAAAGACAAUUUCAUUCCUCCAUUUCAUAUUAUCGAAGAUUGUGACAGGAAAAUAAGAUUGAUCAUAAAUAUUCAGAAUUCUGGGAAGUCAGCAGAAGGUCUUCAAUAUAUUUAUGUUAAGGAAGUGUCUGAUCCGAAUACUGGUUUGAAAUUGAGACUAUUGAAUCCUAUAGUAUUGCAGCUUCGACAAGAUCAAGUUAUACUUGCAUACCCUUUCAAAUAUUUAAGUGCUGUAAAUGGAAAAGUUUCUGAAAUUGUUGUUAAUAAGGAGAAUACAAAGAAUUAUUCUGGUUGUGAUGACACCAGUUCUAUAAGUCCUACAUGUGGAAUCAAAUUUGACAAAGGGAUGGCUGUACCCUAUAGUGAAGGAUUUUGUUGUUUUUGCCCAGAGAAGCCAAUGAAUGUAAAGCAAACUCGAGGAGGUCAGGACUGUUCGCUUCAGAUUGGUCCACAAGAUGCAAAAAGGCAGAAGUAUAAAGCCAGUGCUCAUUGUUUGCACUUCAGUGACAUUUGGUUUUCUGUGAGUGCUCUUGGGGAUCCAAUAAUCAUCCAUAAUUUAUAUUUGCAAGUAUUUAACCAAAGGCAUCUCACAAAUAGGUCUUCUGUAUGGGUUUCAUUGACACAAGGUCAACAAUUCGAAUUAGGACCUAAAACGCCAUCGCAGUACGAUGAUAAUCGAACAAUUGUUGCUACAUAUAUGACGACUAGUCCAAAGAAUGGUACUAUUGUUCUUUCUGCUGAAAAUAAUAGACUGUUAAUUCCUCAAACAGUUCCCGGCAUUGGAGUGGACAAGUUACCACCUGUUAUAAAAAAUGGUGCAACUGAUUAUCUUAUUCUUUCCAAAUCGAUAAUAAAUUCAAAAGGGGAUGAAUGUGAUAAAGCUGGAGUUUCUUAUGAAGGUUUCACCAAACAGAAAGACCGUUGCAAAGUGGUUAAAGAUUCGUGCUUAAAAAAUCAACCUCUGGAUUUCUGGGCUGGAGAUGAUGAGAAGAGAAAAUCCAAUCAGAAAGGACGUUAUAUUCUUGAAAAUUAUGCCACUCCUUAUAAAGAUCCCAUCAUUGUGGAUUUGGACACCAAAGAACAUUGGCUAGCUCUUGAAUACCACGAGAAACAUUCUACCGUGCUGACUGUAGAAUUCAAUGCUGAUGAUAUCACUCCCUUGUCUGUUGGAUCAGAUGCCCAAAUUACAAGUGUUAUCACUGGAGGUUUUGAGAAAAAGAUUGAGUUUUCAAUAACCAUUACGAACAAUGGCCUUGUAGAAGCUCAAUUCUCUGUGCAGGUUAUUGAGUGUGAAUUUAAAGUUCAUAAUUCUAACAAUGUUACUCAAACUAUUCCUCCUCAAUUGAUGAAAACUUAUACACUCACUUCCACACCUGGGAGGAUUGCAUUAAUGGAAAAAUUUAUUUGCACAGUUGUUGUUCGCAGUAAAUUGUACGGAGUUGUGGCGAGACGUGAUGUUUUAGUUAAACCCCUUGGUAGAUGUAUAUGCAGUUGGCAUUGUCGAUGUUCGUGUCUGGGUGAAAGUCGUACUUGUGAGCCGCUUUCACAAGAUAACUAUCACCGUGCAGGGUUUAAAGGUUCCCUUCCCAUAUUAACAGCAAAAUCUCCUCAAAGAGUAUGGAUUUGGAUGCAUGUGUUUCUAACAUUGCUCAUCGUUCUCUUAAUUUUACUAAUGUUAGGCAAUCCUGUAAGGCUGGUGAAGAAAGUUUUGGAAUCAUGGUAUUCUUUGUAGUUAGUAUAGAAAUAUGUUUAUACAGUAAUAAUAAUGAAAUCUGAAAAAGUGAAAAUAGAUUGUAAAAAUAGAUAGAAUCUUACUAUUCUUAUUAAACUUUUUCUUUAAGUACUAAAUCAACUUAUGUUACCAUAUUGUUUUUUUAUUU